GCCUGGAGCGCUGACGGCCUUUUCUGUCGGACUUGGACCCUUCUACUGCCAGGUGCUCUCGAAUGCAUCUGGCCCCGUGCCGCCGUCCAUGAACAUCUUCAACAAAAUGUCGCAACGGUUCACUCGUCGGGCCUUCUUGAUCACCGUUUUGUAUAUGUUAAUCAUCUCCGCCUUUGCUUGGAGACACGAAGCGCUGCUUAACUGGAAAACCCCCCAGGAACGAUACGAAGAGGAACAACAGCAGUAUCCACUAAUCUUCGACAAUGUCAUCCCCACGUUGAACCAGAUCCGCAUGCCAUCCGACCACCAGAAUCCCAAUGUCACCGACGAUCCGCGCUUCGGCAGCAAGACCGGCGUUCAGAUCCCUCGCAUAUACCGUCCCUAUCCCAACUAUGACAGCCCCGAGUGGACGGAGACGCACCGGGGUGCCUUCCACGCCUGCGAGGGUCCACGCGGGAAGCUCUUGACGGACAGUCUCGACGACCAAGUCGGCGUCUACCUUGGCGUCCCCGAGGGGUUCCCCAAACCCGCCUUCGGUUCCUACGACGCCCUGGGUCUCGACGGAGACGUCUCCUUAGAUCGCUACACGAGAUACGGCGCCUAUGGCUACGGCCAGGACGAAACCGGCGUUGAAAACUGGAUCAAACCGAAGAAGGUGGACUGGAAUCUCGUCAACUGGGGACAGCUGCAGGACAAAUGCUACAAGCGUAACGCCGACCGAUACGCUCCCAAAACGCCCAUCAAACCCUCCGAUAAGGGGAUCGCCCCGGAGCCGCGCACCGCCGUCUUGAUUCGCACCUACAUCGGGAAAGAAUACACCGAGAACGACAUCUACGUCCUCCGCUCGCUCGUCACGGAGCUCUCCCUCCAAUCUGGUGGCGAGUACUCGGUCUUCCUCUUUCUCCAUGUCAAGGAUGACCAGAUCCCGAUCGAGGUGAAGGACGUCGCCCGGCAGAUCAUCAAAGAGAAUGUUCCCCGGGAGUUCUGGGAUAUCACGGUCUUGUGGAAUGUCCCCAUGGUGGCGUCGCGCUAUCCGCUGGACCCCAGCGUUGUCGAUGUCCAUCAUGCCCAGUGGCUGUCGGUCCAACACUUCACGUUGCAGCACCCGGAGUAUGAGUUUGUGUGGAACUGGGAGAUUGACGCUCGGUUCACCGGCCACCACUACGAAUUGGCCGAGAGACUCGCCCAGUUUGGGCGCAAACAGCCCCGGCGCGGCAUUUGGGAGCGCAACGCUCGGUUCUAUAUCCCCGCACUGCACGGCGACUAUGACACCUCCUUCCGGGAUUACGUGCAACACCACGAACAGGAAGCCGUCUGGGGUCCCCUUCCCCUGGAUGAUCGGGAUCCGUCCCGGGUCGAACCAACCGGACCCGCGCCGCCACACCGCGCACCGGAGCAGGACAACUACGAGUGGGGUGUCGGCGAAGACGCCGACUUCAUCACGUUCCUCCCCAUCUUCCACCCCAUCGGCACCGAAUGGGUCAUCCGAAACGAAGUGUACGGGUAUCUCGGCGCUGACACGCCCCGCCGCGCCUGUCUCAUCACGCACUCGCGGCUGUCGAGACGCCUGCUCCUCACGAUGGACGGCGAGAAUUUGGCCGGACGGACCAUGGGCUCCGAACUCUUUCCGUCCUCGGUGGCCCUGUUGCACGGGCUCAAGGCCGUCAGCGCGCCGCACCCGGUCUACAACAACAAAGACCUCCCCGUCACCAGCCUCGACAAGUGGUUCAACGCGGGCGUCAACGGCCGAGCUGGCAGCACGGAGAACAGUCCCUUUGGAUGGGGCCGAGAGACCCGCUUCCGCGAGGUGUCGUGGUACUACCGCGCCAACCUGGCGGGUCGUCUUUACUGGCCCUUCUUAGGCUGGGAGAAGGCUGGCAAGGGUGGUGAACUAUAUGAAAAACAGCACGGUCGCGUGUGCCUUCCGCCCAUCCUCUUCCACCCAGUGAAGGAUGCCGUACCCGAAGCCGUCGUUACGGAAUACCGGUUCGACGCCGAAUUUGGCGUCCAGGCCAUCCCGUGAUCGAGCCGCAUCUGCGCGGGUUUCGAACCUUUUCCGUCACGACCGUUCAUUGCUUGAUGUCCCGUCUAUAGAUUGCAGUGUUUCUCAUUUUGAGGUUUUAUACUUAUUUUUUCUGUCACUUUAUUGAUGCUGGGUGUGCUCAUCAGUUUCAUAUUAGCGAUGUCAGUGGUGUUCUUCUUAUCUUGUCUGUUUUCCUACACCCGUCUGGUCCAUGCGCUCUUCGCAGGUCUAUCGACGACCUGCCAUUGUGCUUGGGUCCAGUCAUUAAGGAAAGGGAACAGGAGGGAAGUCUCUGACUUUGGUUAUAUCUAUCUUUACAGGUGUCUGUACGGCGUAUUACAGGAAUAGUCAGGUCAAUCAAUUCGCUAGAUGUUAUUUAUCUAUAGUAACCUAUUUGUA